AUAUCCAUGUAAAUAUAUCCGUAGGCUACGUGAAAAACAUGCAUGUAAUUCUAUCCAGAAUUUGAUUUUGAAACACCGCCUGUACGAUCUGUUACUGUUUUGAUGUUCAUUGCAAACUACAGGGAAAGAAGGAGAGUAGGAUUUUGAUCAACCAGCUCUGAAGAGGCUGCCGAGGGAACACACCUGUCUCUCUACAUGUAAAAGCAGCAUGGAGGUGAUGCAACUGUUCACACUGCCCCUCCUCCUCAUCCUUUGUGGCGAUGUAGAGCUCAAUCCUGGCCCUUUGCAAAAAGUGACAAGGAUUUCAUCAGCGACCGUGUCCAGAGCUCCAAAACCUGAUGGCUCUCAGGAAACCGACAUGCUGACCGACCAAAUGACGGAAAGCGAGAUCUGGACCAAAGCCAUGUUCUACACCGAAGCCGAUUGGACGUACGUCGGCAACGACCUCGGCUACAAUGCCAAGGAGCUCCAGAACUUUCGGCAGCACUUUCCACGUCUUCAAGAUGCCUAUUUCAAGAUGAUUAAAUUGUGGCGCGACAACGGAGGGGUCAGGAGAGCCGGAGGUUCCAUCUACGUUAAGAAACUCACCAUGACGUUCAACAGAACUCCUCUGAAGGAUGACGAAGAGAAGAAGGAGAAAGAAAAGCAGGAGGAGAAGGAACGAGAAAGGAAGAAGAAAGAGAAAGAGAUUUCCAUUUAUUCACAUCCAGAUGUCAAGCCCAAGCUCAAAUCCUGCAAGUGUGGUAGAUACCAUGCAACGUGUGAGGCCAAAGAAGUGGUGGAAAUAUGGAACAAGCACCUGCGAGACGGACGCAAGAUGCACGAGACCAACAUGCGCAUCGUUCUCUUCGCCCCGCUACUCUACAACAGAAGCACCCUCGCCCCUAAGUGGCAGCAGUGGAUGAGAAAGCUGGAUCUUAUCAUAGAUGAUUUGGCUCCGCUCGAGAGGAAGAAAGAAGUAUUCUUCAGGUUAGAUGAACUUGACAAAGUAUUGGAAUAUAUACACACCAAGCUCUCAACCAUGCAAACAGAUGAUUACGAUCGAAUGACAUGGCUCCUGGAGGAGGUGGAGAAAGUUGAUGAACUUCAGGUGGCCAUGGAAGUAGCAAAAAGCAAUUCAUAUUUUGUCACAUUUUAUGAUAACUUGAAGACGAGAAAAAAAAUGAAGGACAGUCGAGUGAGUCGUCUAAUGGCUCUGGUCACUAUCAAGCAAUACUGGCAGUAUGUUCACCACACAGUGAUUCAUAAAAAGGAAAUAUUAGCUACUCUCAUGAAAUUGGGUGAAAGGGAUGAAAAGGACAUGAACAGUUUAAAGGACAGAGGCAACAAUCUCUUCAAAAACAACAAAUUCCGCAAUGCACAUGAGAUGUAUACCAAGGCUCUGGCAAUAGGUGUAUUCAACCACAUCCUGUACAGCAAUCGUUGUCAGACGGCACUUCACAUGGAGGAUUUCUGGGAUGCGUUGUGGGAUGCCCGUCGAGCCGUCACAAUCAAACCUGAUUGGCAAAAGGGUCAUUACCGUUACGCCCAAGCUUUCUUUGAGCUGAAGGACAUUGACCGUGCACUGCGCGAGAACAAGCGAGGGCAGAAGCUGUGCGACGACGGGGGAUCACAAACGGGAGACCUCCAGCGGCAGGCGACCAUGUUCAACGAUGAGAAGAAGAGGCUCGUCAGCCUCAACAGCAAGAAGAAUGAGGUCCCUGAUCUUGUGAGCGAGUCGGAGACGGACAGUGAUAGCGAUUCAGAUCGCAAAGGGAAGUCCAGAAAGCCGAGCAAACUCCCAGACAUCAAUCAAGAUCUGCAGAAGAGCAAGGAGGACUUCAAUAAGAAGAAAGCUGAAGAAGCUAAGAAGAAGAAAGAGGAAGAAGUGAGGAAGGAGAAAGAAGUGGCAGAUAGGAAGCGAAGGGAAGCGGAAGAAAGGGAGAGGAAACGCCAAGAAGAGCAAGAAAUUAGAAGACGACAACGGAUUAUGCACGAUGUAGAGGCCUCAAACAAAAGCUCGGAGGAGGAUGAGAAAAGAAAAGCAGAAAGGAACAAACGAAAAGCUGAGAAGGCGGAGAGGAAACGUAAAGAGGCAGAGAAGCAAGCGCAAGAGCGUGUGAAGCGAGAUGAGAAGGAAAAACAUGCUAAGGAGAAGGAGAAACAAGCCAAGAGGGAAGCUGAGAUAGCAAGGCAACAGAAAGAACAGAUGCGAAGGGAAAAUGAGCGUUUGACCAAGGAGAGGAAUGCUAUAGAGAAGUGUCUAGCUGAUGGUUCCCUAGCCCUAGUCAGCGGUCAGUCUCGCCAAGCUAUCACCCAGUACGACAGGGCUGCAGAACUCUUGAAGGCUACUAAAAAGGAGCAUUAUGGGAUGCAUGAAGCAGACUACUUGGUCUUCCUGUAUGCUCAGGCCACAGCCUACCUCAAGUCCGGAAUACCUUUAGAAAUCAACGAAGCUCUGUCCAGGUUUGAAAGUAUCACAAAGGACUUCCCCAACAUGCGAAAUGGACUACCUUUUUACGGCCUGGCGACAGCGCUCUUCAAAUUAAACAGGUUUACUGAAGCGCUUGAUCCUAUCGAGAAGAGCCUGUUCAUCACCACUCGAUUCGAUCAGACCAUCCACACAUGGCCCGGAACCUCGACCAACAUUGAAGAGACGGAGGAAGGCAAGCUCGAGGCUGCACUGAAAGAGCUUCAGCGUUGGUGCAAGAACCCACCCAGUGCCGACGCCACCUGCAGGUACAUGGAGUGCACCUCCAAGAGGGAGAUGUACUUCUCCGACCUAGACUUCAAGGGUUACAUCAAGGUACAGUGCAGCGAACGUUGUUACAUCGACUACCACAUCAACUGCUGGAAGGCCAUCAAGAAUGAGAGCAAUAUCUUGGGCGAGAAGGAGGCUCUGAAGACUAAGUGCUCAACACCCGACUGCCUAGGAACCUUGAGUUACAUUAAGGUGAUCGAAGGUAAUGGAAUCAUCAAGACAGAGUUCAAGGUUGAGAAACCACCAAAGCCAGCCAAGGAUGAAGCAAAGAAGAAAUCUGCCCCGAAACCCACCAAGGACCAGAAGAAAGGGAAGAAGUUUCGGAAGUAUCACCAAAGUGAUAGCUACAAGGCAGAGAAGGGCCAAGGGGAUGCUGAAGGUCAACCUGGACAUGGUCAAACAGCAGAGGGCGCUCAUGCAGAAAAGGAAGAUUCAUCCAGUAAAUCAGCUCAUAGAGCAACCAAACCCAGGACCGGAUCGGAUGCUGGUAUUGCCGCGGCAACAGACUCCACUCAAAAUGAUACCUCCAGAGUCCAGGGAGCCGAAGGAGAAGCAGAGAUUAAACCAGAAGCUACCUACGUACUGAAGAGGGACGAGUUUGAUGACGUCGAACAGUUGCAUGAAGAAGCCUCAAACAUUGUCCAAUUUGAUUUUGGGCCCACCACGAGACAUCUCUAUGGAGCAGAUGAUGCAGAAGAACUUCAAGAGAGGAAGAACAGGUGGCAUUCAACCCUGACUGUUUCGGAGGAUCGUCCCUUUGCCAUUCCUGAGUACCUACAGGAUGCAGCGAGGAAGAUUGACGCAUCGUUCCAGAAGGAAGAAUUCAUCAUUGUGCCAGAGACAGAUGAAGAGAAGAGUCAGAAAACGGUCCUUUUCCUCCAUUUCAACGAAAUCUUUUCAAGCAAUGGCCCUCUUCAUCUGCAAGAUCCAAUCAUAACCAGGUAUAUGGAACACCUGACAUUUGAGCACCAGGAACUUAUACUUAAACGAGGUGGCCUCAAGCCAUUCCUUCUCGAAUCCGAAGACAUGGUCGUCAUUGGUGAUUACGCAAGUAUGAAGGGUGAUGCUCAGAAGUGCAGAGAGCUAGCGAUCCGUAACGGAUAUCAGGAAAGGGAACUAAGUGGUGAUGUCGCGGGUUACUCUCUGAAUCCUAACUCUGUUCCGUUCAUUCCUGGUCUUGGUGGCUAUAACCCAACCUUGUCGGUGGGUCUUGAUCAGUUUGAUGCGAUGACAAAGCGAGGACCCGUCUCUGGGUUGGACUCUUUCGACGGCGAUGAGGAUAGCGAUGAAGAGGACGAUAACGAAAUUAAAACAGAAGAGAGCGAAGGGACCAAGAAUGAAUCGGACAAUGACGACACCACCACUUCAAGCGAUGAUGAAGAUGACGAUGAGGAGGAUGACAGUGAUGAUGACAACGAUGAAGCCGAAGAUUCGUUCCACGAUGCUUCGUCAGAGAUGCAUGCUUCUAAUUACGAAGGAAUAGAAUCAGAGCUGUAUCAGUCGAUACUUGAAGACAAGGUCAGCGUUCCCUCCAAUUGCAAGGUCGAUGGGAUCGACGAUGAGGACUACCAUUGGGAAGAUCACUAUAGCUCCAAGGAACUCACCAUGGAGGAGGUGGACGAUGAUGUGGUAGUCCAUGGGGAGACGGACAAAAAUGGUGAACAAUCACACGUACAGCGGGGUGGAGAAGGGACAAAGGGAAAUACAGGGGCUAGUAACAAUAUAGAAUCCAAAGACACUGUUGACUCUGCAGAGGGUCGUGAACGGCAAGAGAGUGUAACUAAGUUGCCUGUUCCUUCUGAAAUGGACAGAUCUGAUUUUGAACUUAAUAGGGAUGGAAUCGGUGGUUGUCAAUCUGAACAUAGAAGUAGUAUCCAAAGCGAUGGACCUCGGAGUGUAGUACAAGAAUCUGCGAGUAUAACUGAAAAUCCUGGAAAACUCAUGGUGGUUAAUGGGGUUGCUUCCAUUUGCUUCCCGAGUUUGGUGGGAGCGCCAACAGAACAACCCUACGCCGAAUCUAAUGAAAUGACUUCUGAAUUGAACAAAGGUACUGUUAAUCAGUCUGUUAGACCGGAUAAAGCUGACAGUGACGAUGGCACAUCUGUGGAUGGGGUUUUGAAUCCCCGACCUGAUGAUGAAGUAGUUGGUGCUAGCAACACCAAGAAAUUUGAACAACCAAUCUCAAAACCAGUAGCAACCCCUGUAUCGAAUAGCACCCAUGUUGUUAAUACGGAGACCACUAUGCCAAAGGUUAAUAGACAGGAGAGUGGGAAAGAAACGCAGGAAUUGCAGAGGACUCCAUUAUCUGAGAGCGACUAUGAGAAGAUGUUUGAAAAGCGAAUGCAACAGUGGAAGGACCAACAACCACCGGUCCACGAGCAGAGAACCUUCGGUACGAACACGGAUGAUUAUGUGAAUCAGCAGAUGGAAUCUCUUCAGUUGGCUUUGGAACAGGCAGAAAACAACAAGAAGAUUUCAGAAGCUAGGAUGAUUGAAUAUCAGCAAGCCAUCACCAGGAGGGCAGAUGAUAAAAUCAGGAGCUUGCAGGAGAAGAAUCAGAAAGACUUGGAUCUGCAUGAGAAGAAGGCAAAAGAAGAGAAGCAGUUGCUGUUCAGUUCCCUGCACCAAGUGGAAGCCGAAUACCUCAAACAAAAUAAGAGAUUAAAUAUCCUCGAAGAGUAUGAAGAAUCACGCGAGAAAACUAAGCGGAAGCUUGCCGAGCUCAAGGAGAGAUACGAGAAACUGGUUCUAGCCUCAGCCGAUGAGACGGAAUCUCUGAAGAGUGAGAUCGGUAUACUUCGGAAUUCUGUCAAAGACAAAGAGAAGACCAACAAGAUGCUUGAGAAGCAGUCUAAGAAGUUGACGGCGGAAAAGCAAGAACUCCUUGACAACGUGUCCAAGCUCCAGUGUGAGAUGGCGCUGCUCAACGAGGAUCGUCUCACAGCAGACUCCAGGAGGACCCAGAUGGAGAAGGACAUGGAGGAGUCCAAGAAGGUUCCCAAGGAGCUGAAGGAAGCGUUGCACGCCUUGGAGCUACGUCUGAAGGCCAGGGAUGAAGAGGCUGUGAAGUCCUUGGGAAGGGCGUGCAAAGCUGAGAUCCAGUUCCUGCAUCUGUUUAUGGCCAAGGAGCUGAAACCAUUGGAAGAAGCAUGCAAGGAAGCCAACAACCACAUUCAAACUAUAGCAAACAUCCUCCAGAAUAACCCGAUGAUGGAGGAACAUGUUAGAGCCAUCAGGAGCAUGUGGCAAGAUUGUCUCGCAACCAACCAACGAGCUGCAUCGAAAGCACAGAAUGAAUUUCAGAAACAGGUGAAUGCCAUCCAGAAUGGUGCUACCUUGGACUCUAUGAAGCCUGUGGAAGUCCCUGCUCCAUACAAACCUGAAGGCCUUGUCAAAGGAGCGAACGGCUCACCCACCCCCCAACCAGCCUUGACCCUACCUUCCUCCAUGGCCCAUGAACCAGGCAUGGCUGCCCCAGCCCCAGGCUCAUGGACGAUGUCUGCCCCCAGGAUGCAACCUGUAGACCACCAGGAUGGGAUCAUAGCGGCGCCAACGGCAGAGGAGGUGCCUCAGAAUGGUGCAGGUGCCGUGGAGAACCAAUCCGCUUCUCAACCCCACACAGUCCCUGAAGCUCAACGUAAGGCCAUGGCAAUGGCCCAAGCAGAGGCUAUGGCAGAGGCCCAGGCCCAGGCUCAAGCUCAAGAACAGGCACAAGCUCAGGCCCAAGCGCAAGCCCAAGCACAGGCCCAGGCUCUGGCCCAUGCACAAGCUCAGGCACAGGCUAAGGCAAAGGCCCAGCAGAUACAAGCCCAAGCCAUGAGCCGAGCCCAGACUCCACCGGUAGUCUCCCAGGGAGAGGCAACCACCCAGCAAGCCGCUAUGUCAGGCAACGGUUUCAACCAUCACCAGCAGUCUAAUGCUAUUCCACCAAACAUGCAACACGCUCAACAUCAAAUGCAGAUGUCGCAGCAACAAGGGGCUGCAGCUCGCCACCAACAUCAGCUACAACAGCAACAACAGAUGCUUGCACGGCAGCAAUACAUGGAACAACAAGUGGCACGACCGAAGAACAGUUUUGAGCGGAUUAUGCUGAGGCUGCAUGGCUUCUUCCCCAAUUACAACAAGGUUCAGCUGACUGGUUUUCUGAAGGAGGUCCGUACAUCUAACAAUGGCUCCCUCUCUGGCCUGUCGGUGGAAGAGAUCAUCCGUCGUGUUAAAGACCUCGUCCGUCAACGACAAAGAGAGACGGCAGGCAAUGCUUCUCAGAGGAUGCAGAACAAGGGCUUCACCAACCACCAGGGCAUGUCUGGAGGUCGCCCCACUGCCCCUCCGGCCACCUUUAACGCCCAGCCUAAGCGAUCCUCGUACCACAACGCCCCUACCCCACCCCAGCCGGCCUGGUCGACGGUGGGCCACAUCCAGGGGCUUAACUGGCAUAAGGAACUUGUCGAUGGAGAGGCGGAAGAGGAGGACCCCUGCGUGAUCUGCCAUGACGAGAUGAGCGGGGAUAACACCUUGGAGAUAGAGUGUGGGCAUAUCUUCCACAUACAUUGUCUCCACGAAUGGCUGAAGCAGCAGCAAACUUGUCCGACGUGCCGCAACUUCACUAUCCUCAAGGAUGACUACCCUUCGCUCCACAAGUAAGAGAGAGAGAUAAGACGAUCAGAUCUCUCAAAAUUAAAUGCUUUCUUCUACCGAGAAGAGGGGACUGGUCGAGACUACAAUUUUUCAAAGUCCUGUGCAUUAGUUUGUGACUACAUGUUCCUCUAAAACAACUAACUACCCAUCACUUCACCAGGAAUAACUUUUUAUUUUUCUUGAGAAAGAUCGUUACUACAUUCUCUAAAACAAUGAUUGCACUUCACUAUACUAGUAAAAAAAAAAAAAGGGAAGACUACACAUGUUGGUCAGAUGUCUCGUAAUAUAAUUAUUCAUUUUGUAUGACUCAUAGGUUAAUAGUUUGUCACAUACAAUUUGUAAUAUGACAUGAUGUUGAUUAUUUUUCCCCUCUGAAUGAAUGAUGAUGUAAAAGAAAGUAUGUAUUACUUCUAAUAAGAUUAAAUGUUUAUAAAUGGUAAUGCAUUUAUAUUUUGUAUCUCAAGUGUUAGGCAAACAAUACAUUGUUCAUUAUAGCGCUUAGAGACUUUGGUGGUAAGCGCUUUAUAUGCACCGUUUUAAUUAUUAUUAUUAUUAUUAUUAUGUAAAGGAUAUUGCUUUCCAUUCAUUGAAGUACAUGUGAAGUUUAUUUAGGUUACUCCAAUUUAUCCCAAUGGUUUUGUAAGUAUAGUCUCCAAUAUAAAAGUAAUCAUUUUGUUACCCGCUUCAGAAAUUAAUAUGAAUGUGUAAUUUCAUUUUUGGCAGCUUGAGAUAAUUGAAAAUGUGCUUCCCUUUUUUAAGGAAGAAACAUUAAACUAAUUUUAUAUCAAUUGUUACUACUCCUUUGCCUUAUCGUCUUAAAAAAUAUAAUGCUGUGUGAAAUACUUUGAUCAAUUUCUUAUAACUGAAGAGAUACUAUAUUACAUUAAAAAGACGUUAUGAUUAAUCUUUUAUGAUAUACCUUUUGCAACACUAGCAAAAAUAGAAAUACAAAUUUUGGUUGAAGCAAAUCCAUGUAUUUACAGUUACUUUUUAACUGCAGUAGCUGUAAUCUACAUCUGAAUAUUCUGUCUAAAACUUAUGUUAAUUUUCUACUUGUAUGCGCCCAAUUGAAACUAGAUUGCACAAUGAACACUUGAACAGAACGCAACAAAUUUAUCAAACAACCCACCUGCAACUCUUUGACAAUAAAACUUUAGCAAAAUGUCGCUAAUUUUUUUUCCCAGUUACCAGUUGUAUCUUCUCAUCUGGGGGGCGUUUCACAAAACUUGUCAUCAGUGACACAUGACAGUUUUUGUUAUAAGCUACUGAAAUCCUUGCUUCUGAUUGGUUAUCAACAGAUUUGUCACUGAUUUUUGUCAUUUGUCAAUGAAAAAAGGCUUUGUGAAACGGGUCUCUCAUAUUGCCUAUUGAGAGCCAGAGGGGUGUUAAACUCUGCUUUUAAUGACACGUUAACGUCCUUUUGGCUUUCAAUAGUUGAUGUACGUUGUACAUGUAUUAUUGUCAUAAAUGACUAUGAAAUACAGUGAAUAUAAUGUACAUUGUUAUAAUUAUUCUAUCUUCAUUAUGUCUUUUGUGUAUGAUGUGUAAAAGUUGGGGUUUUAUCCUUUUUAAAUGUUUGUAAUAACUAUUUUUUAUUCAAAUACAUGUAUUAUAUUAUUAAGAAAAGGACUGUUUCCUGAAACCAUCAUUAGUCUGAACUUUCUGGAUAUCCCAUAGAAUCAUGACUUAUGCUAUAGAGUUAAAAUUCCUUUCUAUUGGAUGUCAUAGAAUAAUGACUUAUGCUAUAUAGAAAUCAAAUUCCUUUCUAUGGGAUGUCCGCGAACUCGGACUUAUGACGGUUUCGAGAAACUAGUCUCAGAUUACUGGUAUUGCCCUCAUAACUGGUUUUAUACAUGGUAAACACUGAGCAUAGCUUGUGAAUGUUUAAAAUACUGUUCAACCUGUAUAGAAAGACCACCUGAGGGAGAAACAAAAAAGGGUCUUGAUAGACACAUAUCAACGAGAAACGUUGUUUCAAAGGAAACCAAAAAAUAUAUGGUUAUUAUAGACAGGUGGUCUUUCUAUACAGGUGUUUUGCUAAAAACAGGUUUGAUUGUACAAGUCCAGUGAAACCUGUGUAUAAAGACUGCUCAUGGGAGACAUACAAAAUUGUCUACUGGUGAUUGCUAGACAGCUUGGACUGUACAAGUAUAUCAAUUAUCAAGAAAUGUUACAUGCCAUUUGAUUCAGCUAUCACACAUUUUUUUUUUCUUCAUGUCUAAUGCAUACAUUUUAGCCUGUAUUGACUGUAUACAAAUUCUUUACUUUCCAAUGUGCAUGAUGCGUAAUUUUCACCCAUAAGAGUUUGUGUUCACAAUGUUUGAAUGAUUAAAAUGCUAAUCUUACAA